GAAAGCACCACGAACAGCAACACAUUUGCAGCGCCUCGACAGAAACUGAAGAGAAGAGGAGAAGAGGAGCAGAGGGGAGGAAGAGUGUGACUGAUCUGAACUCACAGGAGCUUCAUACCUGCUCCCAGAGGAGCUGACAGCGACAGGUGAGCUCAGCUGCUCCCCACACACCAGAGAAGAGUCCGAGGAGCCGCUGGGAAGUGGAGAAGAAGAAACUUCCAUCGUUUAAAGUCACUUCAGAGGAGAGAGAGAGAGAGAGUCAGGGAAGCGGAGUGAGACGGUGGCUGUAACAUGACAUCGAUAAAGGAGGAUUAAAUCUCGGGUUCGUCGGUGUUAAAAUGAAACUUGUGUUGCCACAGUGAAGAGUGUCUCCAGUGCGGAGGGGGAUGGCUUGAUUGGUGUGCCCGGCAGAGAGCGCGGGACGGAGCGCAUGUUCCUGCGGCGCACGGAACAAAGUUUGCUGCGCUUCUCCCGGACACGGGUCGACUUUCUUUGACACGCCGCUGCUGUGACCGCUCCUCGCGCCCCUCGGCGGUGGGGUCCCCCCGGCUCCGGCUCUGGUGUCGGGCCCGCAGCUGUCCACGAUGUCCAAACCCGCGCUGAAGAAAACCCACUGGACCUCCAGGGUGACCGAGAGCUCCGUGUCCAAAGAUGCCCGCGGGGAGCUCAACGUGCCGCUACGAGGCGGUGCGGAGAACGGGGAGUUCGCCCACAUCGGCCCGGUGAACCAGGACAUGGUGCUUUACAAAACUGGGAAAUUAAACGAAGGGGAACUGCUGCUGGAGGUGGAGAACCUCUCCAUCUCGGGAUUACCCCUGUACGACGUGCAGACACUGAUUAACAACUGCAAAGGGGCCGUCAGGUUGAAAAGUGUGAGACAAGGAAACAAGCUUAACAAGGACCUGAAGAAUUAUCUGAGCCUGCGCUUCCAGAAGUCCUCGCCUGACCACGAACUGCAGCAGACCAUCCGAGACAACCUCUACCGUCACGCCGUGCCUUGUACAACCCGUUCCCCACGCGAAGGAGAAGUUAGUGGCGUGGACUACAACUUCCUCUCAGUGGAGGACUUCCUGGAAUUGGAAAAGAGUGGGACCCUGUUGGAGAUAGGAACGUAUGACGGUAACUAUUAUGGGACGCCCAAGCCGCCGGUGCAGCCCCCCGGUGGGAAAGUGAUUAGCCGUAGCGGUAGCAGUGGUGAUGCCCCACUGCCAGACGGGCUCAGCAGUAGCCUACCAGGCUCACAGAACUCCACUCCCCGACGUUCCAAGUCCUACCAUGAUAUGCACAAUGCUGGAAUAGGGCCCGUACAGCACCAGCAGGAGGACGACGAGGACCUCCCUGACAUGAACAGUAGCUUUACAGGAGACUCCAGUGAAUUUGACGAGAUUCAUCACUCGGUGCGCCCCUACAUCCCGCGCCAGAGUGAGCCGUCCUACCCUGGGAGGACCCCCUCACCAUCGGCCACCACGGAGAGCACACAGCAGACACACUCUCACCCGAGCCAUCCUCCCCCGGAGGACCCACAGGGACCUCUGCCUGAUAACUGGGAGAUGGCCUACACCGAAAAUGGGGAGGUCUACUUUAUAGACCACAAUACAAAAACCACCUCCUGGAUAGACCCUCGGUGCCUGGACAAGCCUCAGAAACCCCUGGAAGAAUGUGAAGAUGAUGAGGGGGUGCACACAGAGGAGCUGGACAAUGACCUAGAGCUUCCACCAGGAUGGGAGAAAAUAGACGAUCCAGUGUACGGGGUCUACUAUGUUGAUCAUAUCAACAGGAAGACCCAGUAUGAGAAUCCAGUGCUGGAGGCUAAAAGGCGCAGGCAGCUGGAGCAGCAGCAGCCUCAGCCGCAAAGCCAGCAGCCACCUGAAGAAUGGAUCGAGGACUCGACAUUGGCUGGUGCCCCUCUGGCCAGCUAUGCUGCCAACCACCAGGAGACCUACAGGGACCCUCAGACGGCACCCCCAGUCCCCAACGCCAUGGGACAAAAAAGGGGGAAGCCUUUCUUUACUCGGAACCGAUCCGAGCUGAAUGGGACUUUCAUCGACACCAAGCUGAAAAAGAGUCGUAGAGGGUUUGGCUUCACUGUCGUAGGAGGCGACGAGCCAGAUGAGUUCCUACAGAUAAAGAGUCUGGUCCUUGAUGGACCUGCAGCCCUGGAUGGCAAGAUGGAGACAGGUGAUGUAAUCGUGAGCGUCAACGAUACAUGUGUACUUGGCUACACCCAUGCCCAAGUUGUAAAGAUCUUCCAGUCCAUCCCAAUUGGGUCCAUGGUCAACUUGGAGCUGUGCCGUGGCUACCCACUCCCCUUUGAUCCCGAUGACCCCAACACCAGCCUGGUUACCUCAGUUGCUAUUCUUGAAAACAAAGAUCCCAUCAUCGUCAACGGCCAGGAUGCCACCAAAAGCUACAACUCCCCAUCCAGCCACGGCAGUCAGAACAACAACAACAUCUUGAACAACGGUGGCGCACCCCUGAAUGGCCUCCCGCGAUCCCACAGCCCCUCCGCUGAGGUGGCCUCCGAUACCUCUUCCCAGCACGGCUACCCCAGUGACUCGGUCACCCUGGCCUCAUCCAUCGCCACGCAACCAGAACUCAUCACCGUACACAUGGAGAAAGGAGACAAGGGCUUCGGCUUUACUAUUGCCGACAGUCCCGGAGGAGGGGGGCAGAGGGUGAAGCAGAUCGUGGACUACCCUCGCUGCCGUGGCCUCAAGGAGGGGGACAUCAUCGUGGAGGUGAACAAGAGGAACGUGCAGAGCAUGUCUCACAACCAGGUGGUUGACAUGCUCAGCAAGUGUCCCAAAGGCAGAGAGGUGACCAUGCUGGUACAGAGAGGGGUGGCACCUGCAAAGAAGAGCCCCAAACUGCAGUUAUCACGGAAGGACAGUCAGAACAGCUCCCAGCAUAGCGUUUCCAGCCACCGGAGCGCCCACACAGACUCGCCCGUGCACCUGUCCCUGGCUCCGCCUCUCAACGAGAACGCCCCUCCCCCGCCACCCUCUCAGCCCCUGCCAGGCCUGCCGCCCCAGGACAUCCCGGCAGACGGGACCAUCCAGAGAAAGCCGGACCCUUUUAAGAUUUGGGCCCAAUCCAGGAGCAUGUAUGAAAGUAGGCUUCCAGACUUCCAGGAGCAGGACAUUUUCCUGUGGAGGAAGGACACAGGGUUCGGCUUCAGGAUUCUCGGAGGCAAUGAGGCCGGAGAGCCAAUCUACAUUGGCCACAUAGUGAAGUUUGGUGCUGCAGACGAGGACGGGCGCCUGCGGUCAGGCGAUGAGCUGGUAUGCGUGGACGGCACAGCGGUGGUGGGCAAGUCGCACCAACUGGUGGUGCAGCUGAUGCAGCAGGCGGCCAAGCAGGGCCACGUCAACCUCACUGUGCGGCGUAAAACCAACUACACCGCCAAGGCUGAGGGAGACGUCCCUCCGUCGCCAGCAUCCUCCCACCACAGCAGCACCCAGGCACCCAGCCUGACGGAAGAGAUAGGCAAGCGCACCCCACAGGGCAGCCAGAACUCCCUCAACACCGUCAGCUCCAGCAGCGGCUCCACCUCCGGCAUCGGCAGCGGGGGAGGGGGCGGAGGGGCAGGGGGCAGCGGCAACCCCGUCGUCCCGGCCGUGGCCCCAUACGACGUGGAGAUCCACCGCGGCGAGAACGAAGGAUUCGGCUUCGUCAUCGUCUCGUCUGUGUCGCGGCCCGAAGCUGGCACCACAUUCGCUGGCAAUGCAUGUGUUGCCAUGCCCCACAAAAUAGGGCGCAUCAUCGAGGGGAGCCCGGCAGACCGCUGCGGCAAGCUGAAAGUGGGUGACCGCAUCCUGGCCGUGAACGCAUGCUCCAUCACCAACAAGUCGCAUUCUGACAUUGUCAACCUCAUCAAGGAGGCCGGGAACACCGUCACACUACGCAUCAUUCCUGGAGACGAGUCCUCAAAUGCAUCUCUGUUGACCAAUGCAGAGAAGAUUGCCACCAUAACCACCACUCACACAUCUCAGCAACAGGCCGCGCCGGAGGCCAGGAACAACACCAAACCAAAACAAGAAUCGUUUGAAUUCCAACCCCCACAAGGACCUCCUCCCCAGCCCCCGACACAAGUCUCCUCUCAGGAUUCUGAGUUCUACUCAGUGGACCUGGACCGAGACAACAAAGGCUUUGGCUUCAGUCUGCGCGGAGGUAGAGAAUACAACAUGGACCUGUACGUGCUGAGGUUAGCUGAGGACGGAGCGGCCGUACGGAACGGAAAGAUCAGGGUUGGUGAUGAGAUCCUGGAGAUCAACGGCGAGAGCACAAAGGGCAUGAAGCACGCACGAGCCAUCGAGCUCAUCAAGAGCGGAGGCCGGCGCGUCCAUCUGGUGCUUAAGAGGGGUGACGGCUCUGUGCCGGAAUAUGGUGGGUCAAUCUACGAAAACAUUCCCUUCUCCCCCAUCUUCACACCCUGAGCCAGGGGGGACGCCCAGUGGACAGUGGUGGGUUGAAGGGGAAAGCGGGGGAAGAACUUUUUGCCCUCCCAGGACCCUUCACUCAUCCCUGGGACAAACCCUCCAGGGAGUGUUAGUCUGGGUUUGGUUGGUGGUGGUUCUCUUUCUGGUGGAGGUCAAAUCUGGGCUUUGGGAUUUUGGGGGGUAGAAGGACGAGCAGGGGGUGGAGGGUGUUCCCGAAGGUGCCGUCGCCCUGCCCUGCUCUCACCUGCUCUCAGUUUCUGUGUCUUCCCGCUGACACUUCCUCACCUUCUGGCCACUGAGCAUACACACUCUGCUGGAACUUCACAGGAAGGUGGUGGGUCUGAUUUCAGUGCUUCAUGAAAAUAGAAACUGUUUACAGAGUUUGAAUGACGGAGUAUUGAAAAAAAUCUAUGUUUCUGUUGGGUAAGAAGUGAUAUCGGUGGGCUUUGAUUCCUCAUUAAACACUUGUUCAGGGGAAGAGAAAGUUGUAACCCUGAUAAAAUGGGAUAUCUUGCAGCUUUGGUUAGGACAUAUUUAUAAUAUUUAUUGAAGGUGAAUGUAAGCUACUGAACUCGUUUAGGGUUUUAAGUGAGAUCUGUAAUGAGAAGAACAAAAGGCUGUUUGAUGCUUUUUUUUUACCAUUUCAAAGACAAAACUCUCACGUUACUGUGCUUGAUAUUACUCACUAAUCCAUGGAUUUUAUUUGCACCCACUGUUGAUGUCAUUGAAAAGCUGUGACGAUAGGAACUCACCCCAUCCCUGUUGAAAGUAGAAAAAGAGCCUCUCCAGUUAUAAAGACAUUUUAUACAGUGAUGAAAAGAAUAGAUGCAUUUUUACAAAUAUUUUUGUUCCGUGUACAGAGCCAUGAAUCCAAGCCACAUAUUAAUGGAUAAAAGUCUAUUGCUGCAUGAACUUGUCAAAAGUGUAAAUUGGAUUGUUUUCCCUUUUAAUGUCUAUUUUCCAUAAUAUUUAUGGAACGUUUCUUUUUUUUCUUCUUCGCAUUGACCAGUUUUGAUUGAUAGUAACAAGUCAUCAUAUCUGGGGGGUUUUCUUACUUUGAGUGGAGAUACAUUUACUUGUCUUGAAAAGUUCAUCAGUGUUAAUUUCUUUGGGCUAAGAAUGUGACGUCUGUACCUGCACCAAUUCUAGGGCUGUCCCGAAUGCCACUGAAGAGCUUUGACGUUUAAGUAAUAUGAAAAUUAUUUUUGGUCAAAUCAAUGAAAUAUUCCCUGGAAAAUCCAUCCUUCCGCCAAGUUUCAUAGAAAUUGCUUAUAUAAAUUUUUGCAUAUCAACUAAAAAAAUCGAACUAACAACAUGUGAAAACAUUACCUC